AGCGGAAGUAAACAUGACCCAGGAGAGGAGCAUGGCGGUGUCAGAGUUCCUCAGCAAGGCAGAGUUAUUAAAACAAGGAGCAGAAGCCCGAGUGUACCGAGCCGAGUUUCUGGGACAACCGACCAUAGUGAAAGAAAGGUUCCCGAAGCGCUACAGACACCCGGUGCUGGACGAGAAGCUGACACACCGGAGGACCGUGCAGGAGGUCCGCUCCAUACUGCGCUGCCGGAGAGCAGGAAUAUCUGCCCCUGGAGUCUACUUUGUAGACUACACAUCCCACUGUAUUUUCCUGGAAGAUAUUGUGGGUUCCUCGACUGUACGUGACCACAUCGCUUCUGCUCAGCAGUCCGGUUCCUGUAAGGAUCUGGAGCAGCUGGCUGAGAGAGUAGGUCAGAUCGUGGCUAAAAUGCAUGACGAGGAUGUGAUCCACGGAGACCUGACCACCUCCAACAUGCUGCUGAGAGGAGCACUGGACGACAGGGAGGCCACACUGUUCCUCAUCGACUUUGGCCUGAGUUACAUCUCGGCUCUGCCGGAGGAUAAAGGGGUGGAUUUAUAUGUGUUAGAGAAGGCUUUCCUCAGCACCCACCCAAACACAGAGGCGCUGUUUGAGAGGCUGCUGAAGAGCUACGCAGCAUCCUCUAAGAAGUCGCCAGCAGUCAUUAAAAAGCUUGAUGAGGUUCGGUUGAGAGGGAGGAAGAGGUCGAUGGUGGGAUGACGGUCCAUGCUGUGUACACGGACAAGCCUCUCUGAAAAAUGAAAAUGAUGUUUCUGAAAAAAAUAUGAUUACAAACUUGUUUUGCAAAAAAAGAAUUUACAAAAUUAAAAGUACUUUAAAUUAAAA